CGUUAUGUCAAUUUAAGCUAACCCCGUGCGUUUAUCUAACCACAAAACUUAACCAUUAGACAACAUUUUUUUUACACCAAACAUACAACAGGGAGCAAAUACCUGAGUAAUAGCAGUAUUUAAUAUUUUGUAAUAAUGGCCGGUCCAAAGAAAAAGCCAAGAAAUCCUUCAAAAUCUGGAUCUGAAGAAUCGGAAAAUGAGGAAAGUGAUUCCGGCACCUAUCUUGGUCAAAAGGAAAUUCAAGCUACGUUUGAGGGCCGAAAUCCGGAAAGUCAGGAUUUUCAUGGUAUCAAACAACUUUUGAGUCAACUCUUUUUAAAAGCUCAUAUAGAUCUCUCUCAACUGAGCGAUUUGUUAAUUGCACAAAAUGGUAUCGGCUCUGUUUUGAAACAAAGUUACGGUGAUAGUGAUGACGAGGAUGAAGAUGUGGAUAUGAAUGAUGAAAAGGACGUAUUUGGAAUUACAAGUGUUAUUAGUUUGACAUCUUCAAAAAACACACCGUGUAUACAGCAAUUUUAUUCAUUAUUGGAGGAACUUGGACAAAAACAUGCUGAUGAGUCAGUUCAAAAUAUCAUCAAGAAUAUAGUAACACAACAUAGGAUAGGAUUUUUAAUAAAUGAACGAUUUGUCAAUAUACCAGCACAAAUUUCAUUGCCUUUGUUCACAUCUUUAAGUGAUGAAGUAGAUAGAAUGGCAAAGAAAUAUCCUUAUUAUGAUUUUGAGUAUUACAUACUGAUUUGUAAAACAUGCAGAUCAAAAGAUAACAAAGAUGAAGAGUUUUUCACAAAUGAAGAAGAGGAAAUAUUUUCCAAAGAAGCAGAUUUAACUUUUGAUUUUUGUGUUGCUAAUGAAAGUGAUGUAGGAUUAGGAGGCAAAUGGCUUGCCAAUGAUCGGCAAGUUAUACCCUAUAGAAGAAUAGUCAUUUUUAAAGCGGAUAAACUUAAAAAUAUUGUCACUAAAAUAAGUACUUUUGUUCAGUCAUCAUAAUAACAUUCAUUUAAAUUGAUUCAAAAUCAAAUUGAUUGAUUCAUUUUAAUUUUGUUUUUUAUAAUUUUCAAAAGAAAUCAAGUAUAAGUUUUUAAAUAAAAACAUAAUCAUUAUUUAA